AUGCACACUCACAUGAUCUCACUGUCGAAUGGAAGGUUUAGCCGGGCCUGACACUGGGGAUCAUCAAUUUGCGCGAUCCGGAUGUUGUUGGCUUUCGCAUGCCGUGAUAAUAUUUAUUCUAUGGAACAUAAAACCAACAAGGCCAGGCUAAUCCAAUCCCUUCGUCUGAAACCGGAGGACUUCCUUUCAGGCUAUACCAAGCUGAUCAUUCGUCAGCGGUUAUCUACAAAGCUAGAGAGGUCAUGAGAAAAUACUAUGAGGCACUCUUGCAACGCAAAGAGGCUGUCCUCUGGGCUCAAUUUUAUUUCGCUUCACGAUGUCCUGGAUGCUGUCACUCGAGACUACGAGUCUAGGAGGGCAAUGCGCAAGGUUCGCAUACAGAAAUUGAAAGCGCUAGGCCUUGAAUCACCUAGAUUGCAUUUUUGUUCAUUAUUAUUGCACCGCGCUCCGUACAUAUCGGAGCCCAAUUGCUCCCUCGCCGGGAACGUUGAGUUCGUCCAAAGGUGUUUUCAAGAAAAUUGGCCAAUCACGACAAUGCCGAUGAUGUCAACGCCCUUGAGUGGCAAUGAUGUCAUUUUUUUUUUUCCUACGCAUGUGCUUACUGAUGAAUAUGUCGGAUGCUAUAGAUAGAUAGAAUAUCUUGGAUACGCGGGAUAUAUAGUUUCGAUCAUGCCUUGGUAUCCGCUCGCUCCCUCACACUUCAAUUUCGAAGGCCCUGAACUUUAACUUAACACCAUAUCCAUAUUUUUCUUCGAGCCAUUUGCCUAUUUUCAGAUUUUUUAUUAACUUAUCACGAUAUGAAUGCUGUAUAUGACACUUUCCAUAAAUGGACAAAGCUACAAUUCCGCCAGCUCCAGGCCCGCCGGAACUUCCCUACUCCUUGAGGGAUCGCAAAUGGUCAAUCACACUUUUCUGGAUUAUGUUUGUCAUUGACACGCUGGCUCAGCCGUUAAUACUUUAUUUCACGUUAUGGUAUCUUACCGACCUAUCUCACAAUAUAGUUUUCACUAUAAGCACGGCUCUAUUGGGUGGAGUUGCUGUCGCCGAAUAUUUCUACCGAUUUUAUACACUGUAUAGGAAAGGGUCUGUCGUAAGGCCACUCAAUGCCCGGCGAUCAUGGUUAGAUUUUUUCCAGAUAAACUUCACCAUAGUGUGGCUUAUCCUCGCCGUUGAACUAAUUGUAGGAACCGUACAAGAGGAACCAUUCAUCCGCCUCCUCGCAAUGCCCUUACCUACAGUUAUGUAUUACUUCGGAAUCGUACAUUUAACUCUUGACAUCCUCCGCGCUAAAGGAUACCAAGCGCCAUUCCGAAUAUCGUCCACACCCAAAGGUUCCGUAAUGCCUACCGCGCUAUAUGUUCUAAUAGAAGAUAUCGUUGCGGUGGAUGGUGCAGGUGGUCAGAAAUAUCGACGAGCGCUUCGGAACAGAUACCUAGCAAGCCCAUAUUUUAGACAGAUGCUUUUCGAGAUGAAUUGUUUCUGGGCAGGUGGAUCAAUUGUCUUUGCCACGGUGUCAACUAUAUUAAUAUUUACAACUCCAAGAGAUGUUGCCUAUGUGAUAGGAUGGAGCCUCCCAAUCCUUUGGGCUGGGAUAUGGACCCUGAUUACCAUUCCGUGGGUGCAGGCAGAUCUACGGAAAGAAAAGGCAGCCUGGGCAGAAAAUAUCACCUUAGAUACGGAGCCUUAUACUGACAACAUUCUGGGCCCGAAACCGAGAACCCGUCUCCUCUCCACAUCUGGGCGUUUGUUUUCCAUGCACCCCUUUCAAAAUCCAGAUUCGCAGAACACUGGUGGGGAGGCAGACCGCACGUCGUCGUUAACCACAAGCGAAGAAGUUUGAUUAUACAAGCUUUCGGUAUCUUAACUACCAUACCUCAUAGAUAGAAUGUAUAGUACUUUUCCUCCCUCUUUCUUUCUUUCUUUCUUUCUCUUUUUGCGAAAAUGGAGAUGUAUUUAUGAAAAAAUAGGAUGUCACCCUUGCUGUAACUGCCACAGACAUACCCUUCACUCUCACCAUUCCCUCUUGGCACCAUAAUAGUUCUCUUAGUUAUUCUUUGUAAUUAGUCACUUAUGCUUGUAAAAUUAAAUAAAUGAAACACCCGAAGAAGCGAUUUUCUUUUUACACAGGACGGCUUUCAAGCUCGCAAAUCCGAUUCCGCUCACCCUUGCCCGUAGGAACUCUUCGAACGUAUCUAUAUGCGACUCAUAACCCAAUUGCCCAGAUCACACUUGUAGAGCAAGCUACUAAUCAGCCUAUGUAUGCUCUUUCAAUCAGGAUACCAAUCGAAAUGUAAAUAGAACAGUUCGAGCACUACAACAAAAUUUUAUUUGUUCGGCAAAAACCUAGCUCUCGCUUUGGACACUCUAUCACAGGUGUUGGAAGCAACUCGUGUUCUCAAAAGGGAAAUUCCAUGAAUGCAAGAUGGUUAUGCAUAAAUUUGGCUAAGUAGAGAAAGGGGGAAGAAAGAAGAAAGAAACAGUAACACAGACAAGAAAGGAAAGGAGAAAAAAGAAGAGAGAAGACAGAGUCCCAAGUCCAUACACAAAAUCAACUGACUGACUGACCGACACCUGAAUAUAUGCGUGCGAUAUGCUAAAUAAUUUCUUAGGAAACGAGAUGGGAAUAAGGCGAAAAGGAAGAGAAGAAAGGUAGAGGAAAUAUUGUCCAUAGAACACGGAAGG